CUCUCUCACUCUCACUCUCUCUCUCUCUCCCUCCCUCUCUACCUCCCUGCCUCCUUCUCUAGUUUUCUUCAUAUCUUUCCAUCCAGUGCAUCUUCUCCUCAGCCUACUGUACUGGGAGAAUUACAUCAGGCACUUCCAUCCGACCGCCGAUUCAAACUCACACACUCACAGCCCUCAGAUACCCUGGAGGCUGUUGCUGCCUGGCUGACUUUGGGCUCUCAGACAGGUGGAUUUGUUUUUUGCGGAGCGGUGGGUGACAGGGGGGUCUCUCUUCCUGGUUCCUGUGCUCCAGCUCUUGGCACCUCUGGAGAGGGGGAGACACACAGCGGAGCAUCCCAGGAUGGAGUGAGGCGAGGUGGGAGACGAGCGAAACUAGGUCAGCCUCCCGGCUCGGCCCGAAGAUUGGCUCGGGAGAAACUGAAAGUGUGUGUGUGUGUGUGUGUGUGUGUGUUUGUUUUUUGGGUAGAUCUGAGAAGUGCACAGGGACAGGCGGCAGACAUCAGGUGGAGUGUGUGAGUGUUUACGUGUGAGUUUGUGAGUAUACGUGUCAUCGGAUCUAAGAAGUAGUCAGGUUUGAGAGGCGUGUGUGUGUGUGAGUGAGCACUUGUGAGUGUGAGUGUGUGUGUGAGACGAAGCGUUAGCCAUGGGCUGUUCGGCGAGUGUGAUGCUGUUUGAGGGCUUGCGGACGCUGAUGGAGAGGAACUGCAGCUACGUGUGUAAGGCUGUACUCGAACUCCCUGAACCCAUGGAGGACGACGACACCCUCAGCAGGGGAGACUCUCUGCUCUGGACCUCCACAGCUACCCUGGUGAAGCCGAAGAUCAUUGAGCCGCUGGACUAUGAGAGCGUCCUGCUGCAGAGGAAGACUCAGAUCCUCAGCGAUGUCCUCCGAGACAUGCUGCAGUUCCCCCUGGACGACUUCCAGAUGUCCAUGUUGCGGAGACAGGGGCGCACCCUGUACCCCACUGUACCGGAGAACGCCCAGAAAGAGGCCCAGAGUCUGUUCGUCAAAGAGUGUCUAAAGACCUACAACUCUGACUGGCAUGUUGUCAACUACAAGUAUGAAGAUUAUUCUGGAGACUUCCGGCAACUUCCAAAUAAAGUCCCUCGGCCCGAGAAGCUGCCUCAGCACAUAUUUGAGGUGGACGAAGAUGCAGACAAAGAUGAGGACACAGCAUCCCUUGGGUCCCAGAAAGGGGGAGUGUCCAAACAUGGCUGGCUGUACAAAGGCAACAUGAACGGAGCCAUCAGUGUCACCAUGAGAUCCUUCAAGAGGAGGUACUUCCAUCUGGCCCAGCUGGGUGACGGCUCCUACAACCUGAACUUCUACAAGGACGAGAAGAUCUCCAAGGAGCCCAAGGGCACCAUCUUCUUGGACUCCUGCAUGGGGGUGGUGCAGAAUAGUAAGGUGCGGCGCUUUGCGUUUGAGCUGAAGAUGCAGGAUAAGAGCACGUACCUGCUGGCAGCAGACAGUGAGGGGGAGAUGGACGACUGGAUCAACACCCUCAACAAGAUCCUCCACUCCAGCUUUGAGCUUGCCAUGCAGGAGAAGAGGAAUGGGGACCUGCACGACGAUGACGAGCUGGGAAAGUCAGACAUCUCAGCUGGGAAUUUUCAGGACAGUUUCCAGACUGCCAGAGAUAUCGAGACCAAGAUGAGGAACGAGACCCGGCUCAAGCUCUUCACCCUGGACCCCGACACGCAGAAACUGGAUUUCUCAGGCAUUGAACCAGAUAUCCGACAAUUUGAGGAGAAAUUUGGCAAGCGUGUGCUCGUCAACUGCAAUGAUCUGUCAUUCAACCUGCAGAGCUGUGUGACGGAAAAUGAUGAAGGACCUUCCACUAACGUGGAGCCCUUCUUCGUGGUGCUCUCUCUCUUCGACGUGCAGAACAGCAGGAAGAUCUCGGCCGACUUCAACGUGGACCUCAACCACCGGCUCGUCAGGCAGAUGAUCUCUCACCACGGCAACCAGCACAUCAACGGAGACUCGGAGAGCGUGGUGGAGGGGCAGUUCAGCGGGCUGCCAGAGGGGACGCUCAAGUACCCCACACAGGGGGUGUUCUCUGUGACGUGUCCCCACCCUGACAUCUUCCUGGUGGCUCGGGUGGAGAAGGUGCUCCAGGGGGGCAUCGCUCACUGCGCCGACCCCUACAUGAAGAGCUCCGACCCCGCCAAGGUUGCUCAGAAGGUGCUGAAGAAUGCCAAGAUGGCGUGCCACAGGCUGGGCCAGUACAGGAUGCCUCUCGCCUGGGCCGCCAGGCCUGUGUUUAAGGACGCCUCAGGGACCCUGGACAAGAGCGCGUCGUUCUCGCCCCUCUUCAGACAGGACAGCAACAAACUCUCAGAUGAGGACUUAUUCAAACUGCUGGCCGACUUCAAGAAACCAGAGAAGAUGGCCAAGCUUCCGGUGCUGCAUGGCAACCUGGAUGUGACCAUCGAAAGCGUUGCGCCUGAUGUAUCAAAUUGUGUGACCUCCUCGUACAUCCCCGUGAGGCCCUUCGUGUUGAAUGGGAAGAGCGGAGCUCUGAUGGAGGUGGAGGAGUUUGCGCCCUGCAUCGCCAAGUGCUCCCAGCCCUUCACCAUCUACAACAACCACCUCUAUGUCUACCCCAAACUCCUCAAGUAUGACGGACAGAAGUCCUUUGCCAAGGCAAGGAACAUUGCAGUCUGUGUAGAGUUCAGAGAUUCAGACGACGAAGACGCUCAGCCUCUUAAGUGCAUCUAUGGGCGCCCCGGGGGACCCCUCUUCACCAAGCAUGCCUUUGCCGCGGUGUUGCAUCACCAGCAGAAUCCUGAGUUCUAUGAUGAGAUUAAAAUUGAGCUGCCCACUCAGCUUCAUGAGAAACACCACCUGCUCUUCACCUUCUACCACAUCAGCUGCGACAGCAAUGCCAAGAAGAGAGAUGUGGUGGAGACUCAGGUGGGCUCCUCCUGGCUCCCUCUACUGAAGGAGGGCAGAAUAAUCACGAAUGAGCAGCAGAUCUCUGUGGCCGCCAACCUGCCCCCCGGAUACCUCAGCUGCCAGGACGGCAUCAACAAGCACCCAGGCCCUGAUGUGAAGUGGGUAGACAGUGGGAAACCUUUGUUCCGAAUGGCCACUCACCUGGUGUCCACAAUAUACUCUCAGGAUCAGCACCUCCAUAACUUCUUCCAACACUGGCAGAGCAUGGAGAACAUGGAGGCUCAGGCCACAGCUGGAGAGCUGGUUAAGUUCCUCAAGAGCCUCCAUGCCAUGCAGGGUCACGUCAUGAUCAACUUCCUGCCCACCAUCCUAAACCAGCUGUUCCGCGUGCUGACCAGUGCCACACACGAGGAUGUGGCCGUCAACGUGACCAGGGUCAUGGUUCACAUCGUGGCCCAGUGUCACGAGGAGGGCCUGGAGCACUACCUGAGGUCUUAUGUGAAGUAUGUGUUCAGGCCUGAGCCCUACUCUGCCAGCUGCAGUAAGUCUGUACACGAGGAGCUGGCCAAGGCCAUGACCGCCAUCCUCAAACCCUCCACUGACUUCCUCACCAGCAACAAGCUGCUCAAGUAUUCCUGGUAUUUCUUCGAAGCUUUGGUGAAGUCUAUGGCUCAGCACCUGAUGGAAAGUGGUAAGGUUAAACUGUCACGUAACCAGCGCUUCUCAGCCUCCUUCCACCAUGCGGUGGAGACCCUGGUGAACAUGCUGAUGCCCCACAUCACCCAGAAGUACAAGGACAACCUGGACGCAGCCAGGAACGCCAAUCACAGCCUGGCAGUGUUUGCCAAGCGCUGCUUCACCUUCAUGGAUCGGGGCUUUGUGUUCAAGCAAAUCAACAACUACAUCAACUGCUUCAUGCCAGGAGACCCUAAGACACUGUACGAGUUCAAGUUUGAGUUCCUGAAGGUGGUGUGCAACCAUGAGCACUACGUCCCACUCAACCUCCCCAUGCCCUUCGGCAAAGGCAGGAUCCAGAGGUUUCAAGAUCUCCAGCUAGACUACUCCUUGACAGACGACUUCUGCAGGAACCACUUCCUGGUUGGGCUGCUGCUGCGAGAGGUGGGCGGAGCCCUGCAGGAGUUCGGUGAGGUCAGACAGAUCGCCAUCCAGGUGCUGAAGAGCCUGAUGAUCAAACACACCUUCGAUGAGCGCUACGUCUCCAGGAGCCAGCAGGCACGUCUGGCCACCCUCUACCUGCCUCUGUUUGGCCUGCUGCAGGAGAACGUGCACAGGCUCAACGUCAAAGAGAGCUCCCCCCUAAUCAGUAACACCACUAAUGGCAGAGACGACCCUCUCUCCGCCAUCUCCACGGUGACCCCACAGAGACCAGGAGGCAGUCUCGACAACAGCCUGCACAAGGAUGUGUUUGGGGUCAUCUCUGGCACAGCCUCCCCUCACGCAUCCUCCACGCCUAAUAUCAACUCUGUGAGGCACGCAGACUCCCGCGGCUCGCUGAUCAGCACUGACUCUGGCAACAGUCUUCCUGAAAAGACCAACUCUCUCGACAAGACGCAGUCAGCCUCUGCUCUGGGGAGCUCGCUGUUGCGCUGUGAUAAACUGGAGCGAGAAGAGAUCAAGAACCUGCUCAUGUGCUUCCUGAGUGUGCUCAAGAGCAUGUCAGAGGAUGCUCUGUUUACGUACUGGAACAAGGCCUCACCCUCUGAACUCAUGGACUUCUUUACACUGCUGGAGGUGUGUCUCCAUCAGUUCAGAUACAUGGGAAAAAGAUUCAUCGCCAGGAGCCAGGAAGGGGUGGUCUGCGUGUCUGCGGACAGGAAGUCUCUGACUCUGCCUGUUUCUCGCAACAGAACGGGGGCGGUGCACACACGCCUUCACCAGCUGGGCAGCCUGGAAAACUCACACACUAUUAACAACAUGUACUCCCAUGGAGACACAGACCAGUCCAUGCUGGAGGCCAACGUGUCCACAGAGGUGUGCCUGACCGUACUGGACACCCUCAGUGUCUUCAUCAUGGGCUUCAAGACUCAGCUGUGCGCUGACCUGGGACACAACCCCCUGAUGAAGAAGGUGUUCCAGGUGCACCUGUGCUUCCUGCAGAUCCCCCAGUCAGAGACGGCGCUCAAGCAGGUCUUCACAUCACUGCGCACCUUCAUCUACAAGUUUCCGUGUACGUUCUUUGACGGGCGGGCGGACAUGUGCGCGUGGUUCUGCUACGAGAUCCUGAAGUGCUGUAACUCCAAGCUCAGCUCCAUCCGCAGCGAUGCCGCCCACCUGCUCUACUUCCUCAUGAAGAGCAACUUCGACUACACCGGCAGGAAGUCCUUCGUCCGUACACACCUACAGGUGGUCAUUGCAGUGAGUCAGCUGAUCGCUGAUGUCAUCGGGAUCGGAGGGACGCGUUUCCAGCAGUCCCUCUCCAUCAUCAACAACUGUGCCAACAGCGACAAGAACAUCAAGCACACAGCAUUUCCGUCCGACGUGAAGGACUUGACCAAGCGCAUCCGGACGGUGCUGAUGGCCACGGAGCAGAUGAAGGAGCACGAGAACGACCCAGAGAUGCUGGUGGACCUGCAGUACAGCCUGGCCAAGUCCUACACCAGCACACCGGAGCUGCGCAAGACCUGGCUCGACAGCAUGGCCCGCAUCCACGUCAAGAACGGAGACCUGUCCGAGGCGGCUAUGUGUUAUGUGCAUGUCGCUGCGCUGGUGGCAGAGUACCUGAGAAGAAAAGGAAUGUUCCGGCAGGGAUGUUCUGCGUUCCGUGUGGUCACGCCCAACAUAGAUGAGGAAGCGGCCAUGAUGGAAGACGUGGGCAUGCAGGACGUCCACUUCAAUGAGGAGGUACUUAUGGAGCUGCUGGAGGAGUGUGGUGAUGGACUGUGGAAGGCGGAGCGUUAUGAGCUCAUCUCUGACAUCUACAGACUCAUUAUCCCCAUCUACGAACAGAGAAGAGACUUUGAGAAACUGGCCCACCUGUAUGACACGCUGCACAGGGCCUACACCAAGGUCAUGGAGGUCAUGCACACGGGCAAGAGGCUCCUGGGCACCUACUUCAGAGUGGCCUUCUUCGGCCAGGCUGCGGGCUUCUUUGAGGAUGAGGAUGGGAAGGAGUACAUCUACAAGGAGCCCAAGUUCACCCCGCUCUCAGAGAUCUCCCAGCGCCUGCUCAAGCUCUACUCCGACAAGUUCGGUCCCGACAACGUCAAGAUGAUCCAGGACUCUGGGAGGAUAAACCCCAAGGAUCUGGACUCCAAGUUUGCCUACAUCCAGGUGACGCACGUCACGCCGUACCUGGAGGAGAAGGAGCUGGAGGAGCGCCGCACCGACUUCGAGCGCAGCCACAACAUCCGCCGCUUCGUCUUCGAGACGCCCUUCACCGUGUCGGGCAAGAAGCAAGGCGGCGUGGAGGAGCAGUGCAAGCGGCGCACCGUCCUCACCACCACGCACUGUUUCCCGUACGUGAAAAAGCGCAUCGCGGUGAUGUACCAGCACCACACGGACCUGAGUCCCAUCGAGGUGGCCAUCGACGAGAUGAGCAGCAAGGUGGGCGAGCUGCGAGGCCUCUGCUCCGCCAGCGAGGUGGACAUGAUCCGCCUGCAGCUCAAGCUCCAGGGCAGCAUCAGCGUACAGGUCAAUGCGGGUCCUUUAGCUUACGCUAGAGCCUUUCUCGAUGAUGGCUGCCAGAAGAAAUACCCAGACAACAAAGUCAAACAGCUCAAGGAGGUCUUCAGGCAAUUUGUGGACGCCUGUGGUCAGGCCCUGGGUGUGAAUGAGCGCUUGAUAAAGGAGGACCAGCAGGAGUACCAUGAUGAGAUGAAGGCCAACUACAGGGACCUGACCCGAGAGCUGUCCGCCAUCAUGCACGAACAGAUUUUCCCAGUUGAGGACGGGGUGGCAAAAAACGCUCUCUCUGAUUCGCUGCACAUCUUUAAUGCCAUCAGUGGCACACCCGGUGGUGCCACCCUCCACGGCCUGCCCACCACCACCUCCACUGUGUGACCUUUCACCUCUGACCUCUGACCUCUCAGAGAAAGAGAGAAAGACAUAGAGAGACACAUGCUUUAAUGGAAGAGAGGCACAAAAAGACUGGAGUGAAGUUGAAGGGCGAGCAGAAAGAGAGGGAGCAAGAGAGAAAGUAUUACAAAUCCUUUUUCUCUCAGUGACCUCUAUGUAGACUCCCAGUUUCAACAGAUACAAAUAUAUUACUAUCUGAAAAUGAAGGGCAAUUCUUAUAGGCUCUUUUUCCCAGUUGACCUGUGUGACCUUUGAACUGUGAUGGCCUGGUCUCAGUGGCAGAGAUGUGGCCUGGGGGCGGUGCCACAUGGGCAGAGCUUCCCAUUGGCCAGUGACACAAACCCUGAGACUGGACUCAGGACCAUGUGACCGAGAGAGAGAGAGCAAACGUUGGGGACGAGGCGAUUUGUUUGUCUGGAUGCCUCAGUCUCUUUACCAUUUCCUGUGAAGACAGCAUCCCUGCUUGGCUCCCCUAGCAACAGACAACGACCUUCUGUGCCUGUUAAAAGGUCCUGUCCUCCCAAAAACUGACUUUCUGAGAUUUCUCCUGCACUUUUACCAUUAGAAUAUAGCCGUCCUGUGAAACUGGUCAUUCUGUUUGGAUAUACGUUCUUUCUUUGUUGGGGGGGGGGGGUGUAGUUGUGUUGUUUGAGGUGGUAGGCGAUGUUGCAGACUUCACAUGUGCAAGUUUUUACCAGGUAGGGAGAAAAAUGCUCAAUGCCAAGUGACUGUCUUGUUUUUUUUUUUUUUUUUUUUUUUUUUUACACCUGUUUUCUAUCUAACAGGAGAGGAGUGCAAUAUUUUACGUGUCUGUGUGUGUCUGAGCCUCAUAGGCCUUGCUUCCCUCAGAGUCAUGCUCUUUGAACAUCAUCUCUCUUGCCAAAGCAGGAGACCAGCGACUCUGUCGAAGCAGACUAUAGAGUCAGGGCACAGGGAUGGAGGACUUUUAUACCCUUGCAAUGGUGUACUGUAAAUGUCAAAUGGAAUUCAUUUUUUUAUAUUUGAAGUGUCAGAUAGGUUUUUAUAUUUACUAACAGAAUGUUAUUCUUCUGACUGGCGUUACAUCAAGGAAUGAUGUCCUCUCAUACUUCUGUUCUAUUAAAGUUAAGUAUUAUCA